UAUUUUUAUUCUUACACAGGAAUUUCUUUCUGCUCCCUGGUAAUAUCACUUUCCAAAAUCAAGUCGAUACAUACUUAUCAUCUCUCUAUCUCGGAAAACUAGGGUUUCAACAGAUUGCGAAAGAGUUCUUUUUUCAUUGUUCUUCAACGAUCGCAGGACAGGACUUGAACUAUGGGGAAGAGGAAGUCAAGAGCAAAGCCACCACCAAAGAAGCGGAUGGACAAGCUUGACACUGUUUUCAGUUGUCCGUUCUGCAACCAUGGCUCUGGUGUUGAAUGCCGCAUUGAUAUGAAGAACUUAAUUGGCGAGGCCACAUGCAGGAUUUGCCAGGAGAGCUUCAGCACCACUGUAACAGCUUUAACGGAGCCAAUAGACAUAUACAGUGAAUGGAUUGAUGAAUGUGAACGAGUCAACAACAACGAGGAGGAGGAGGAUGCUUGACAGAAGACUUGAUGCUCUGAGAACCAGUUUGACUGGUAGAUAAGUAAAAGCUAGAAAUUGUUUAAAUUUCUGCAAAGCCUGUAUUUCACUCGGUUCUUGGCAGGAGCAAUGGGUGAACUUAUAUAUAUUAAUCGAUAAUAGUUGGUGUGCUGGCAUAAUGAUAUAAGCUAUGAUCUAGAAGCUAGCAAUCAAUUUUACAAUAAUUGAAACCCUCGCGGCGGAGGCUUUUCAAUGUGCCAAGCACUCUGUAUUGCACUGAAUAGUUACUUUGCUGGUUUAUAUAAAUGGUCUUCUAGCAGUUGCCUUGUGGUCUGAA